GCGCGGGGCACGGCGAUGGCCACCACCGGGACCCUGGGCAACUACUACGUGGACUCGUUCUUGCUGGGUGCUGACGCCGCCGACGAGCUGGGCGCGGGCCGCUACGCGCCCGGGGCCCUGGGCCAGCCCCCUCGGCCGGCGGCGGCGCUGGCCGAGCACCCCGACUUCACCCCGUGCAGCUUCCAGUCCAAGGCGGCGGUGUUCGGCGCCUCGUGGAACUCGGUGCACGCGGCGGGCGCCAACGCCGUGCCGGCUGUGUACCACCAUCAUCACCAUCCCUACGUCCACCCCCAGGCGCCCGUGGCUGCGGCGGCGCCGGACGGCAGGUACAUGCGCUCCUGGCUGGAGCCCACGCCCGGCGCACUCUCCUUCGCGGGCUUGCCCUCCAGCCGGCCUUACGGCAUUAAACCUGAACCGCUGUCGGCCAGAAGGGGUGACUGUCCCACGCUUGACACGCACACUUUGUCCCUGACUGACUAUGCUUGUGGUUCUCCUCCAGUUGAUAGAGAAAAACAGCCCAGCGAAGGAGCCUUCUCCGAAAACAAUGCUGAGAAUGAGAGCGGCGGAGACAAGCCCCCCAUCGACCCCAAUAAUCCGGCGGCUAACUGGCUUCACGCUCGCUCCACAAGGAAGAAGCGCUGUCCCUAUACCAAACACCAGACGCUGGAACUGGAGAAAGAAUUCCUAUUCAACAUGUACCUCACCAGGGACCGCAGGUACGAAGUGGCCCGGCUGCUUAACCUCACCGAGAGGCAGGUCAAGAUCUGGUUCCAGAACCGCAGGAUGAAAAUGAAGAAAAUCAACAAGGACCGAGCUAAAGAUGAAUGAUGUGAUUGGGGUUCAUUUAGAAAAAAGAGCGAGCUAGAAAGAGAGAGAGAAAAACAAA